GUUAGAAUGCUGCUACCAAGGCAGAGGUAGACCAGCAGGGAGCUCAGGAGAAAGGCCUCUGACUAAAUGUAAGAGAAUAGUUUUGUUUGGGGAAAAGUUGUGGAGUAUUUUUUAAAAAGCAGAAAGAAAAAAAGUAUAACUUAGAGAGAGGUGUAGUUAGGUGAGAAAAGACAAUGGUACAGAUGGGGAAGAUGAGCUGUGCCUUGCGCUCCUGUGCUCUUCUGGCAGUCUUGUGUGCCUGCUGGCCUCCCUGGACUCUGGGACAAGAGCUGCAGGAACAAGAUGCCCUCUGCACUGCAGAUGGCUGCUACGCCGUCUAUUUCCAACGUAAGACUUUUCGGGAAUCUGCAAGGUUCUGCAAGGACAAACGUGGUUCCCUGGCAACCCUAAAGAGUUCUGAGGAAGCGGCUAUGGUCCAUGAGCUCCUUUCGUCGGUGGAGCAGCGCGGCCCUCGGGCCAGGGUCAGACUGUGGAUUGGGCUCCAUCGCCAGCCCAGGCAGUGCUCUGCCACACGCCCACUCAGGGGAUUCCAAUGGAUCACAGGUGAACAGGACACGCAGUACAGAAACUGGCUGAGAGCGGACUCACCUAGCACCUGUGCCGCACCCCGCUGUGUCGUCAUAAGCGUCAACACUGCUGCUGACACCCGGGAGCAGCACGACAACUUCAAAUGGCUGGAUGGCUCCUGCUCACUGGCUGUGGAUGGAUUCAUGUGUCACUACAACUACCGGGGGAUGUGCCCUUCUCUGAAGAGUGAGGGAGGGGGACCUGCACUGUAUACCACCCCUUUCAACCUGCUCAGCACCAUCCUCACUCACAUCCCCUUUGGUUCAGUAGCCACCUUGCCCUGCCCAGAUAAUGAAGACAGCUUGGGAGACCAGUCUGUUCUUUGCAUGCUGAGGGAGGAUGGGAGUGUGGGCUGGUCAAAGGAUGCCCCCCUCUGUUCUGAUGGACCCCAGGACUGGUGUGAAGAGGAAAAUGGUGGCUGUGAGCAUUUCUGUCAGAAUGCUGACACACACUAUUACUGUGAGUGUUCUGAAGGCUUCACACUGGCAGAGGACGGCCAGACCUGCCAGCCGAACCAUUCCUGUGGCACGGCCAACUGUGAGUUUGACUGUGAAGAGAAUACUAAAGGAUUCCGCUGCAAAUGUCCAAAUGGUUACCUGUUGGCACCUGGUGGACGCAACUGCCUGGAUGUUGAUGAGUGUCUGCAGGCGCCCUGCCCUCAUAUCUGUGUAAAUGCUCCUGGGACAUUUGAGUGUCGCUGCAAUGAGGGCUACGAGCCUGAUGAAGAUGGAGAAUGUGUGGAUGUCGAUGAAUGCAAAGAUUCCAGCAGCUGUGCACACAGAUGUGAGAACACCCCUGGUUCCUAUGCCUGCCACUGCCGCCAAGGCUACACUGAGCUGCCCGAUGAUCCAGGCUUAUGCCAGGACAUCGAUGAUUGUCAGAUCUCCACCAGCUGCCACCAGAAGUGUCUCAACUAUGUGGGUGGGUUUGAGUGCUAUUGUGAGGCAGGGUACGAGCUGCAGUCAGACCAGUAUUCCUGUAUGGCCAUUCCAGAGGGUGAACAUGAGUAUUCAUCCACAGCUACCUCAUCCUACCAAACCUCUUUCUCCUGGGUCCCCGAAUUCCCAGACUGGGUUACUGACACCACAGCUUUGGAGUGGCUGACAGAGCAGACCAGCCUUGAGAUGCUUCCUACUGAGAAGACAGCCUCUAUGCCGGUUCCACACAGGCCGUCGAAUGACCAUAACUCACACUGGGAUGUUCUCACACGGAGAAAGCCCGCUCAGAACACUGUCACACCCUUGCCCAGCUCAUCCUCCCAGGAAGAUGAUGUCACUCAAAGCCAAGCAGGUGAUCUCUCAGUGGUGCCCAGCGUUAAUGACAGCCACCACCCAGCAGUCCAGAAUGACAGGGGGGCUGGGAGAGUGGUAGAAACCCCAGACAGUAACUCUGAGAUUAAGGCCGCCACCACCCCCACCAUCACACUCAGAGUCCCACUUCCAGCCCAAACAACAGCAUUCGCAUUAGGGGCAGAGCGGCCUGACAGUAAGGGCAAAAGGAAGCAGGACAAGAGCUGGCUUCUCGUAGCACUCCUGGUGCCCCUGUGUGUUUUCAUUGUGGUGAUGCUGGCUCUGGGCAUUGUGUACUGCACUAGCUGUGCUGUAGAACAAAACAAGAGAAUCACUGACUGUUACCGCUGGAUCGUCACCUCCAAAUCAGAGGACAAGAACAAGGCGAAAUCUCCUGCUUGACCAAUAGAGGGCAUACUGACUUUUUAAUGAACAGUUCUGAAUGGGGAGGGGGGGUGAAUAAAGGGUUAAAUAAAAAACAGGAUCCAGACCACCCAUCUGAUGGCCUCUGCUGCUAUCACAGUGAAACUGAACCCCUGCAUACUCCUGCGGAACAUUCUAGUGUCUCUGUCUGAAGUUAAUCUACAAAUAGUGCUUAUUAAUUAUGACAACAUAAAUGAAGUGCUGUUUUUUUAGGUGUUGUAAAGAUCUGAUAAAUGCUUCUGAAGACAGGGCAGAUGACUUUACCGAGAGGAAGGGGUUCAUAUUUCACUGCUAGUGCUUCUGAAGACAGGGGAGAUGACUUUACUGAGAGGAAGGGUUUCAUAUUUCACUGCUAGUGCUUCUGAAGACAGGGGAGAUGACUUUACCGAGAGGAAGGGGUUCAUAUUUCAUUGCUAGUGCUUAUUUCGCCACCAUCAGAAAAAUGUCUUAAACAAUUAUUAAUUUAGCAGGUGCUAAAGUGUAUUGUAGACCUCGUUAUUGAGGUUAAUGAUAAUCAACAGAAUAAACUUCAGAGUAUUAAUUUAAGAAACCUAGAUGAGAAACAAGCCCAUAACAUUUAUUGAGAAGAAACACUGUGCAAGCAAAAUGCUCCAAUUGCAGAAUAUUUGGAUGUGUUGCCAUUUGUAAUGUGUACCCACUUUUGUUAGUUAGGCCUACAUUGAAUUCUGUCCUUCUAGAUUCGUUGCACUGAGUAUGCAUUGGAUUUGAAUAAAAUCAAUAAACCAUU